AUGGUCCAUGACAGCAGACGCCUCGUCUGCCUAGUUGGAUCGGGACAGCACAACUCCAUCAUCAGAGACAAGUGGCUUGAAGAGGGCAAAACCGAGAUCCCAUGGGCGCUGGCCAUGGGUGUUCCUCCAGCUGCCAGCCUUGCUGCCGCAUGCCCCAUCCCUGAAGGUGUGUCGGAAGGCGAGUACGUUGGUGCGCUCACCGGUCAGCCGUUGGACAUGGUCAAGUGUGAGUUGAGUGACCUCUUCGUGCCCGCGAACAGCGAAAUCGUCCUCGAGGGCACAUUCUCUCUCAAGGACAAAGCCCUUGAGGGCCCAUUUGAGGAUUAUCUCGGACUUCACUUCGACGGGGAUCAGCAUAUGCACCCGCUUUUCGCGGUUAAUGCCAUCACGUAUCGAGAUAAUGCUAUCUUGCCGGUUUCUGUUCCGGGAAGAAUCACGGAUGAAUCUCACAUAACCGCAUCACUUGCAUCCGAGGAAUUAUUGACACUCCUCAAAGAGCAUGACUUUCCAAUCACAGAUGCAUUCGCCCCUCUUGAGACCAUGGCAACUUGGUGUGCUCUGCAGAUAGACGUCGAAAGACUUGCCAAGGAAAAAACAAACUCCAAGGAGUUUUGUAGGAAGCUCGGCCGCAUUGCCUUCAACCACAAAAGCUGCAUGUUGAUCAACAGGAUUCUACUGUUCGGCCACGAUGUGGACAUCCACAACUUCAAGGACGUUAUGUGGGCGCUUGUCACUAGAUGUCGCCCCGGUCAUGAUGAGUACGUGUUUGAAGAUGUCCCUAGCUUUCCCAUGACUCCAUACAUGUCUUACGGGAGCGGGAACGUGAAUCGUGGUGGCAAGGCGAUAUCUGAUUGUCUUUUCCCUAUGGAGUAUGAGGGCAAGAUAUUGUUUAGCGGUGUUGACUUUGAAAGGAGCUACCCGAAAGAGGUCAAGGACAAAGUCAGGUCGAACUGGACUGCAAUGGGUUUUGAUGAUAUAUGA